GAAGAAGGAAAAAAAAAAACACGCUUGUGCAAAAAAGUACUUUUGUACAAAGUACUUCCGGUGAGGUCACGGAUCAGCUUCUCAUGAGCCUCCUCUCCUCGUGUUUACUUGCGGGUGUUUCAGCGGCGGUGUGCGGGUCUUUCUCUGCGGCAGCUUCGUUUAACGUGUGAAGAAGAAGAAUAGCGUGAAACGGCCGCUCGAGCUGAAGCGCUCCCGCUGAACGAGUCCACAACGCGCGGAGAGCACAGAGGCGAGAAGAGGAAGCAGUAGCCGACCAUCUUUCUUCUGCUGCCAGCAAUAACAAGAAAGAGAGCGGAGCUAGCUCCAAGUGGAGCCGAGGACUUUACUGUCUCGUCUCAUCCGGACUCACGAGUCUACCCCCCCCCCAGGGCUGCGGUGCUUUCACGCCCCCGGACACCGAGCUCCUCUUCCACCCUCCGGCGAGCCUGGAAGUUUCGGAUCAAGAAGACUGGCUGCUAAGAAUCAGAAUUCCCGUUUUUUCAUGUUUCCAACAGGUUUAUCUUCCCCUAACCCCCCACCACCGCCAACCCAGGAGGCAAGACCCGCGGCCACUGAUGUCAAGGCGGACAGCGGCAACAUCACAUCUCCGAAGAAGAGGAAAAUAAACGGCUCCGAGAGGGAAGAGGCUGCUGACACCAUCUCCCCUUCUCCUCCAAAGACCCUGAAUUCCUCCUCCUCCUCUUCCUCCUGCUGCUCUCCCACUGCGCUGCACAUCCAGAAGAAGUUGAGGUUUGAGGAUUCAGUGGAUUUCAUUGGUCUGGAUGUGAAAAUGGCUGAGGAGGCUGCUGCUGCCGCCGCCGCCGCCGCUUCAUGCUCCAAUAACAAAAGCAAAGCCGGGUUCCUGCCCGGUGGAGCGGGGCACCACGCGAACGGACUGACCAAAAGCACCGGCUCCGGCACCUUCUCCAACAGUAAACCCGGCGCUGCCAAGAAACUAGUCAUCAAGAACUUCAAAGAAAAACCCAAGUUGCCAGAGAACUACACACAGGAGACCUGGCAGAAGCUGAAGGAGGCAGUAGAGGCCAUACAGAACAGCACUUCAAUCAAGUACAACCUAGAGGAGCUCUACCAGGCUGUGGAGAACCUGUGCUCCCAUAAGAUUUCUGCCAAGCUUUACAAACAGCUGAGGGCCGUGUGUGAAGACCACAUCAAGGCACAGAUCGAACAGUUCAGAGAGGAUGCCCUGGACAGCGUGCUGUUCCUCAAGAAAAUCGACAAGUGCUGGCAAGAUCACUGCAGACAAAUGAUCAUGAUUAGGAGUAUAUUUUUGUUUUUGGACCGCACCUAUGUUUUACAAAACUCAAUGCUGCCAUCAAUCUGGGACAUGGGUCUGGAGCUGUUCAGGUUCUACAUCAUCAGUGAUCUGAAGGUCCAGAGUAAAACCAUUGACGGGAUUCUGCUGCUCAUUGAGAGGGAACGAAAUGGAGAGGCGAUAGACCGGAGUCUGCUGAGGAGCCUGCUGAGCAUGCUCUCUGACCUGCAGAUUUAUCAAGACUCCUUUGAGCAGCGCUUUUUGGAAGAAACUAAUCGCCUGUACUCUGCAGAGGGACAGAGGCUGAUGCAGGAGAGAGAGGUACCAGAAUAUCUCCAUCACGUCAACAAACGCUUGGAGGAAGAGGCUGACAGGGUCAUCACAUAUCUGGACCAGAGCACGCAAAAACCACUCAUUGCUACUGUGGAGAAGCAGUUGCUGGGUGAACAUCUCAGUGCAACUCUGCAGAAAGGGCUGACUCAUCUGCUGGAUGAGAACAGAGUUCAGGAUCUGUCACUUCUCUAUCAGCUCUUCAGUCGAGUGCGAGGUGGUGUUCAGGUCCUGCUGCAACACUGGAUAGAGUACAUAAAGGCCUUCGGAAGCACAAUCGUAAUCAAUCCCGAAAAAGACAAAACCAUGGUGCAGGAGUUGCUCGACUUCAAGGACAAGGUGGAUCACAUCAUAGACAUCUGCUUCAUGAAGAACGAGAAGUUUGUCAACGCCAUGAAGGAGGCGUUCGAAACAUUCAUCAACAAGCGGCCAAAUAAACCUGCAGAGCUCAUAGCCAAACACGUGGAUUCAAAGCUACGAGCGGGAAACAAAGAGGCAACAGAUGAAGAGCUGGAGAAGAUGCUGGAUAAGAUCAUGAUUAUCUUUAGAUUCAUCUAUGGAAAAGAUGUUUUUGAGGCGUUUUACAAAAAGGAUCUGGCCAAGAGGUUACUGGUUGGAAAAAGUGCUUCUGUUGAUGCUGAAAAAUCGAUGUUGUCAAAGCUGAAACACGAGUGUGGAGCAGCGUUCACCAGCAAACUGGAGGGGAUGUUCAAGGAUAUGGAGCUUUCUAAAGACAUAAUGGUUCAGUUCAAACAGUAUAUGCAGUGCCAAAACAUUCCUGGCAACAUUGAGUUGACUGUCAACAUCCUAACCAUGGGCUACUGGCCUACCUAUGUCCCAAUGGAAGUGCACCUGCCUCCUGAGAUGGUGCGACUGCAAGAGAUCUUCAAGACCUUCUACCUGGGCAAACACAGUGGCAGGAAGCUGCAGUGGCAAUCAACACUAGGCCAUUGUGUCUUAAAAGCUGAAUUUAAGGAGGGCAAGAAGGAGUUGCAGGUGUCACUUUUCCAAACACUUGUGCUACUGAUGUUUAAUGAGGGAGAGGAGUUCACCCUGGAGGAGAUCAAAUUAGCAACAGGAAUAGAGGACAGUGAACUGCGCCGGACUCUGCAGUCACUUGCUUGUGGGAAAGCACGGGUUCUCACCAAAAUCCCCAAAAGUAAAGACAUAGAGGACGGGGACAAGUUUUCCUGCAACGACGACUUCAAACACAAGCUCUUCAGGAUCAAAAUAAACCAGAUCCAGAUGAAAGAAACGGUGGAGGAGCAAGCCAGCACCACAGAGAGGGUCUUUCAGGAUCGUCAGUAUCAAAUCGAUGCUGCGAUUGUGCGGAUCAUGAAGAUGAGGAAGACUCUGAGCCAUAAUCUCUUGAUGUCGGAGGUGUACAACCAGCUCAAGUUCCCCGUCAAGCCUGCUGACUUGAAGAAGAGGAUAGAGUCUCUUAUCGACAGGGACUAUAUGGAGCGUGACAAGGAGAACGCCAACCAAUAUAACUAUGUGGCUUAACAACAGAUAAAGUGACAUGAGAAAAAAAGAGAUGCAGAUGGAUGGUCCAGUCAGGCUGAGUGAUCAGUCUCUAAAUCUUUUGCUCCAGUGGACGUUAACCAUUAUCAUCUUCAACCUAGCGACCGACAAGUGAAUGGAUAUUGCUCGCUCCACAGGAUUGUUUUUGUCAGGGGUCUUGUGAUCCUGUGGACUGCAUGCCCAUUGAAAAGAGAAUAUUGUCCAUAUUUCUCAGUGCCUCUGAGAGGUGGGCGACCGUGGACUGACAAAGAAGACACACAGAUGUUGUUCCGUUUGCUCUUUUUUUUUUUUUAACGAAGAGGAAAACUAUUUAUUUUCAAACUUAGAUCCUCCUUUGUCCAUAGUUUGAAUCAUUAUGCUCUUUGUUACCCAGUCACUUUUUUGUCUUUUCGUUCACUCAGUAUCCCAAGUGAAUGCUGACACACCUCUAAAUGUACCACAUGUUGGAGGGGGAAAAAAAAGGAUCAAAAAAUGUAACUUGCUGCUUGUUUCUUCAGCCAGUGUCAAAUGUGGGACUAUUGGACAAACAUUAAGAUUAGAGCUUUGACCUUUGGAAAUAUCCGUGUCAAAUGUAUGACCCUGCUGCAAAGUUGGACAAGGCCCCGGCGUCCAAAGCAGAGUCUGUGCCAAAAAAAAAGGAGCACUUCUUUUGUUAUAACACAUUUAAGUUCCUUGUUUGUUCUUUCAUUGUACAUGGUUGUACAUAGUUCACAAUAAUGACAUGAUCCCAACAGUCAGCAGCUUUUUUUAGGCUUUCGUUAACCCUUAGAAACGUCUACUAAAAGCACAAAACCAUCAUUUCCCCCCCCCAUCUUCCCUGGUUCCAUAUCACAUACGUAUACAAUUUUGUUUUUGUAAGUCUCCCUGUGGGGCUUAUUUGCUUCAAAGUGGGACUGGAUCGCCUCGAAACACGAGGAUAAAUCUGAUUGAUGGGACUUGCCCAUGUUUGUAUGAGUCUGUUAGAUUUAUUGCUUCAGAUUAAAACAACUGUUUCAAUCGGG